AUGAGCUCUAGUCUUGCGCCUAUAAAACAGCGCGUCAAGCGUCAAUCAAAAAAGGGUAGACAGUCUGGAGCAAACAGAUCAAAUCAAGCAAGCUUUUCUGCUUUACAGCAACCAGGCCCUUCUGGUGCCAAACAAAAGUCAAAAAAGCUAUUAGCGACAACCUUAACACUCCAGCCAAUCCAGGAUCAAGUGAAUUUAAACCAGACAAAACUAGACAUGUACUUGCAUAAAGAACAACAGCACCAGAACUCAGUCGACAUACAGCAAAAGAGAACUAUAGAGCUCAUUCAAGAAAAGAAGCAUGAGCUUAAUAUGAGCACUAAAAUGCGUCAAUUAAUACAGAAAAAGAAGAGUUUCUCUUUAGGGCAUGAUCAUCAAGAAGAUGGAAAAGUAACAAACGUCGAGACAAGUGGUAUCAUACUCUUAAAGAGCAAGGCACGCAGUCGCUAUCAACAUAUACUCCAAAGUCCUUUUGAUGGAUAUGAUGAAGCUGAUGUUGAAGAGGUACUGAUACCCAUUCGAUUGGACAUACAGAAUGAUGGAUAUAGAAUAUGCGAUACGUUUGUCUGGAAUGUCAAUGAUCCAUCAGUAUCUCCUAUCCAAUUUGCAAGAAUUACUUGUGAUGACUUGGGCUUACCUUUAUAUUUCGUACGACUCAUUGCAGCAAGCAUAGUGGACCAGAUUGAGGAUUAUUAUUCAAGUAUAUAUGGUGCGGAUGAAGAAAAUGUAGAAUCAACAUCAUUACACCAUCCACUUGCAAUAAGAAAUACAAAACUUAAAGAUGGGAUGCUUGAUUUGAAAACGGAUUUGUUUACAGGCAAGACUGAACUAAGGAUUUUUAUCAAACUUGAUAUUACUAUUGGUAAUAUGGAACUAAAUGAUAGGUUUGAAUGGGAUAUUACUUGCAAAGAAAACUCUCCUGAAGCAUUUGCAAAGGUGCUGGUAUCUGAAUUAGGAUUAUCAGGUGAAUUUAAAUCAGCGAUUGCUCAUUCUAUACGAGAGCAAAUCUAUACUUAUGUGAAGAGUCUGCACUUAUCUCAAUAUCAUGAUUGGAAUAAAUCCAUAAUGGACCGUGGAUUCAAAAAGUCUUUUUUACCAAUUGUAAAAAAGGCAAUGAGAAACAGCAAUAAGAUCAAGAGAUUCACUCCAAGUGUAGCACAGGUAUUGGAUAGUGAACUUGUAUACAUGGAGAAAGAGACAGUACGUGAAUCAAGAUUAAAAAGAAGAAAUACUCGUCGUGGUCAAAGAGCGAUUACUCUGCCAGGCCUUGAACCUUUAGCUACCUUUCGCUUUGUGUAUGCUGCAAAACUAGAAGAGGAUAAGUAUUCGGUAAAAGAACGGGUGAAUACAACAGAGAAUGUCAUUACCCUACUGUUCCCGUAUCAAUUUGUAGAUGAUAAUACAGAAAGUGUAUAAUUUACGUCUAGUGAAAAUAUGUCUAGAAUAUCUUUGAUUAACUGCUUAGAUAUACA